AUGUCUGACGAUUUCGAUGAGAUCCCCGAUCUAGUACCAGCCUCUAUUCCAACUGAAACACCUGCUGUUGUUGAGACGGAGGAGCAUAAAAAAAUUCCCGUUACCAUCGUUACAGGAUUUUUGGGUAGUGGAAAGACAACCUUACUAAACUAUAUCUUAACGGAGGAACAUGACAAAAAGAUCGCUGUUAUAUUGAACGAAUUUGGAGAAAGCAGUGACAUAGAAAAGAGUCUAUCUGUUAAUCAAGAUGGUAGUCUCUAUGAAGAGUGGUUAGAACUUAGAAAUGGCUGCCUUUGUUGUUCAGCAAAAGAUGUAGGUGUCAAAGCUAUAGAGAACUUGAUGGAGAAGAAGGGAAAGUUCGACUAUAUUCUAUUGGAAACAAGUGGUUUGGCUGAUCCUGGACCAAUUGCUUCCAUGUUUUGGUUGGACGAAGGUUUGGGCAGUGAGAUAUACCUUGAUGGUAUUGUCACUUUGGUUGACGCAAAGCAUAUAAGAGAUUACGUUAACGAAAAAAAAGAAAAUGUUAUGGUCAAUGAGGCUUCAAAGCAAAUUGCUAUCGCUGAUCGUAUCGUAAUCAAUAAAAAGGAUCUGCUCAAAAAUGAAGAAGAGUUAGAACAAUUGAAGCAAGAUCUGGCAUCCAUUAAUUCUGUAGCGGAAAUGAUUGUUACGGAAAGAUCGCAAAUUCCUAUUGACUAUGUACUGAACAUCAAUGCUUAUGAUGUUAGUAAUGCUGAUGCUUUGGUGCAGCAAACCAAGAAAAUUAAAGAGCAUGGAAGCCAUCACGCUCAUCAGAUUAGUCAUGAGGUACAAACUGUAUGUAUACAGUUUGAUCAACAGUUAGAAUCAUUGGACCAGUUAGAAAGCUGGAUUCAAGAAUUACUGUGGGAGAAGAAGUUCCCAGGAAUUGAUAGCGAUAUUAAAGAAGAUGAGAAUAUUAUUGUGUUAAGAUUGAAGGGUAUUUUGUACCCUCCCAAAGACAAAUUGUCACAGGAAGGAGAACAAGGCAAGAAGCAGACAAGAAUGGUUAUACAAGGUGUUCAGGAUCUAUACGAUAUACAAGAGGGUUAUGCUGACGUAGAUAAUAAGGAUGAUACGUCGAGUAAAAUUGUCUUGAUUGGAAAAAACUUGGAUAAGGAAAAAUUGUCAGCAUCCUUUAAAAAGGUGUUGAAUAUUGAACAUAAUAUCAUUUAA